GUUUCUUCUUCGUGGAGACAAGAACAGAGUGCUCUAAUGGCGCCUCCAGCGGUCGGGGUAGGUGGGGUUGCUCGCACAGCUGGGACCCCUUGGAUUCGGUGUCCGGGGCGGCCGCUCCAUCAGGGCCGGCCGUGCGUCCGUCUCACGCGGUGCCCUUGCUCGACUCCCCCGACACGGUGGAUCCCGGGAGCAGAGAAGGGGAGCUGCACCGAGCGGCCGGAGACGAGUGAGCUCGAGAGCUUCCAGCUUCGGACCCCGGCCAUAUCCAGCUCACAUCUGAGAUCUCUGGUGGUUCUCCAUUCCCUGGGAUCUUUCAAGACCGACACAAAUUUACCAAUUUUGCAUAAAGCCAUUGGAUUUGGUUGCCUCUUUUAUUGCUCAAAUGGAUCUGGAACUAUUUAUUCGAACAUGCAAUCAUGUGGUACUAACCUCUUCUGCAAGUUCAUGAAUUUCCUCAUCAUCGAAGAUUUUACUUCCCACCUUCUGAGUGAAGAGAUUCCAUGCGUCUUGUUUACUCAAGCACUUCAUUUGGAUGGUAUCCUCGGGGCAGCAGCAUCCCAUCUUGCUACACACGUACAUGCUUCUUGUUGUGAAGACAACUUUACGCCGGUGUGGCUGUGCUGCAUCAAGCGACGGGAUGCCUACUUCGUCGAGAUCAAGAUCCUCCCAUAGAUCAUCCACCAACAAUAAGAAGCUCUUAUCUCUGAGGUGGUUAUGAAUGAUAUGUGCUUGGGAAAUUUGGUUGCCUAUCUGAGGUAUUGCUAUACUAAUGGCGAUAGCUUUUUGCAAAUCAGCAACUGUAGUGAAUCCCUUGACAGCUUGAACAAACAGUACUUUGGCGAAAUCAUCAUGGUACUUUGAACGAGAAUCACUUACCAGAUUGAUAAGGGUUGUCUUGCCCACGCCUCCCAUGCCCCAAACGCCAAAGAAUGCAGACCUGGCGCUAUUGUCCUUAAUGAAAUUGAGCACCUUCUUAUAAGAGUCCUCCAUCCCCGGCAAUGGAGCUCGCAGCUCUUGUUGCUGGACAUGGCGCACAGGGAGCGGGCUUGCUUUUACCUCUGGCAGUAAUUUGUCACCUUGGCUUAUGAGAUCAUUGGCUUUGUUGAGCUCCCUGUGAGCUUCCCAACUGAUGGGGCACCUCUUAAAAUAAGAUACGAUGGGAUUUUCAAGCCUAUUCAUUUCAAGCCUAUUCUUGAUCUCUUUCUCUUUGUUUUGCAAACCGUCUAUGCUCUGGAGCCAUCUAAUGCGUUCUGCAGAAGAUGGGAAGGGAUCCUGGUAGCGGAGAUCGAUUUGCAUAUCGCUCAACAUCUUCACCUUUCUUCCAAGAUCCUCCACAUGGAGGUGAACGCUGUAGGAAUAGCCAAGAUGAACUGUUAUGGGAUCCCACCACUUGAUAGCCAUGAGAAUCGAAGCGCAGAUAGCAGCAAUGCUGAUCCAUGUUGCUGUGUCAAGCUCCAUCUGCUGCUGUGCUGCACACUUAAUCCUUCCUCUCCUCUAAAUUCUGUUCAUCCAGAUUCAUAUUAAGGUCCUAAGGACGGUAGAGUAGACUAUGGCACUGUGCCAGAAGUUCUUAAUGCUUAAAGCAGAUUUUAUGCAGCUAUUUGUACUACCAAUUGUUGCAUUCUCCUUGUCAGUAGUGCCUUGGCACCACUCCAUUAGAAAAAGCAUAGCUUGGUACCAGUCUGGGGUUUAGCCCAGUGGUUAGGUGGUGGCGGACAAACCAAGGCGUUCACGGAAAAAUUAAUUAUUCCGUGGAAGAUGUAUGUUACAUUUUCUGUAACAAUAGCUAGACUGCAAAUUAUUUGUCAGCAUCUCAAAUACAUAUAGAAUAAUUACAAACACAAAAAUACAGUUGGACUUGACAGCUUCUUCAUGGCUUAGGCUAAGCUACUUAAUGGCCCAAUAUAUAUUUGGGCCGGCACAUUGGUUUUGUCGACCGAGUCGGCCUCAGAGUUGGUUUGAAAAUUUUGGUUUCAGAAAUAUUUUGGCCAUGUUCAGCAAUUUUUGGUUCAUUACAGAUGGAUCACAGUCUGUUCCCAGCCGAAUCCGGCCUAACCGUACAAUGCCUCCAACAGGUGUUGUUUAAGGGCUUUGUUUCCCUCUUCUGUUUUAGAAUUGCUGGCCGGUUAUAGGUCAGUGUCAUGGCAGUUUUUUUUAUUUCUUUUUACAGCAUGGCUGGCUUCGUUAAUCUACAUCCUGGCUUAAUGCAAUCGUCUGGGCCACUUGAAUGCAAAGGGCCGGCGUGUGGGCUUGGUUGCACAUUGUACAGAACAGAUCAUGCAGCAGGAGCAGUUGGUAACAUUCAAGUAGACCAGCCAUAAUACACAAAAGGACCCAAGCAUAUCACUUUUCUCUUGUGAGAAAAAAAGCAAGUUACUAUAGACAUUAUAGAGUUUCAAGAACUAGGAUGGAUGCAUAGAUGUCAUCUUCAUCCCAAUAAUGUCCCCGAUUUAGGGCGUCUAUCGAAUUACUGAUGUAUGUAAGUGCUACCUUACUUCCUCCUUGCAUAUGCGUCUCUUUAGUUAUCCAUCUGUUCCCGCAAAACUCCCGCGCCUCCUCUGGCCUAGCUUGCCAAUCUGCUUGUUUGAUUGCAGAAUACUUUUUUGGGCACUUUGUCCUAUGCUGGUGUAUGAAGGCUCUGAGCAGAUCUGUGGAAAACCUUACAUCUCAAUUUAUUGAGUUUAGAGGAGAGAAUUGAGCAGUUUGAAGAUGGAGCCAACAGUGUGGGAAAUCAUUUUCGUUCUUACUCUCAUACCUCUCAUACCCAUCAUGAGCAUGUAUUGGACGAUUACAAAAAUGGUUAUGCUAGUAGGAUGGAGCAUCGUUUUCGUCUCUAUUGUUAAUGUUAUCAUCAACAAGUAUAGGACGAUGCCUUCUUUUCUUUUGCGGAGAAUGUAUGGGAUGAUUCUGCUGGCAAUGGCACGGGUCAUCGUUGCUAAUAUUGGCUCCAUUAUUAAUAUUUCCGGUCGUAUGAAGAAUAUUGGAGUUGCAGUCGCAAAGCUGCGUGCCAUGCAAAUAGCCCUCCGUCGUCUGGACCCACUCCUAUGUUCUAAACAAUGCAUCCAUUGGAUGAACAGUGUGGACACUUUGCAACGCUUGGAGCAAGAUAUUAAGGUUGGGUAUGGCGAAUGCGGUUUGAAAUACUCAAAGAGGCUCCACUUAAGCAAGAAAGCGAACCUGAUGCUAUACAGAGCCAUUGAUCUCCUCGGGCAAGGAGGAGAAUUCUUGCACCCGAAAAGUCAUUUGCAUGGAACGAUGAACUUCUACAAGAAGAAGGUGAUUGGUUUCAUUAAUGCCGUGGACAACAACUCUGGAUUGCUCGGGAUUUGGGGCACCGGUGGUAUGGGCAAGACAUGCCUUCUCAAGCUGGUUAGUCAUUCUCGCUCAGAGUAUGAUGAUGAUUCCUUUAAUAUCAUGUCUGUUCGUGCUGGCAUUGGAUGUACAGUUAGUCAGGUGCAAGAAGCUAUUGCCACUAAUAUGGGACUAUCUGUAACGCACAAUGAGACUUCCCAAGCAAAUAUCAUUCGUGACCACCUCAGUGAUGUGAGCUUCUUAUUGCUGUUAGAUGAUCUAUGGGAGUAUCUUGAUUUGGAAGCUGUGGGCAUACCCUUGCCGUUGGGGAGUGUUGUAGUCUCCCUUCAGGGAGGGUUGGCACGGCAAAAACAGCGUAAAGUUGUGCUAACAACAAGGAACAUGAAUUUGUGUGACAAGAUGGGGUGCAGCCACGACAAUACCAUCAAAAUGGAGUGCUUGGACGAAGAAGAUGCUUGGAAACUCUACCGUAGAGGUUGGUCUGUAUUCAUCAAUAGAGAUUUCGACAUAGAAGGAAACAGAUUAUUGCCUGAAAUACAACCAGAGCAAGAAUCAUCCAGCUGGAAAUACCCUCGGGAUGAUCGGUUCCUGGGAAUGGUGGGCUUCUAUAAUAAGGUGUGUUAUUCCAUCGAAGACAAGGGCACCCAAUCCCUAUUGUUGGGGGUCUGGGGCAUGAGAGGUGUGGGCAAGACAACUCUUCUCAGGCUCGUGCGUGAUGCUUACACAGGUAACACUUGCUUCAAGCACAUUAUGUUCGUUGGGGCUGGAACUGGAUCUGUGGUGAACAAUGUGCAACAUGCUAUCGCCGUCAAUCUAGGCUUAGAUUUGGCCAUGAUGUCAUCACUAGAUGAGUUGUCCCGAGCCAUGCAUAUCUUCAACUAUCUCGAACACGAGAGCUUCUUGUUGUUACUAGAUGACAUAAGAGAGCCCUUUAAUUGGUGGGCUGUUGGCUUGCCAAUAUUGUCGCAUAGGCGGCAAAAGAUAAUCUUCGUGACGAGGAGUCGGGCUGCAUGUGCCCUCAUGGGGUGUCAUGCCGCCAACAUCAUUGAGAUGUGGUGUCUAGGAAAAAAUGAUGCAUGGAGCCUCUUCAAAGAUAAGGUCGGGAUUGGAAUCAUCGAUGAUCAUCCUCAAGUUCACCAUCUUGCAAAGCAGAUGGUGUCACGGUGCGGUGGCUUGCCCCUAGCCUUAUGUGCCCUUGGUCGAGCCAUGUCAAAUAAGAGAGACCCGAGGGAAUGGAGAAGCGCCUGCGGUCAGCUCACAGCUAUUGGCCUAGAGCCAUGUGAAAUCGACGAGAAGGUGGGUACUAUAAUCAUUGACCCUCUGUAUGGAUGAAGAAGGGAUCCCAUCAUCCGAGCUGGACAGAUCCAAGGCAAGACCACCAUCGACCAUCCGGAUGUAUGGGGAGAGGUCCCCAUCAUCCUAGCUAAACAGAUCCAACCCAAUACCAGCGUCGGACAAAAAGGGGAAAUACUGCGCUCCUCAAGAUCAGGCAAAAUCUUUCAGCAGGCACUUGGACUCCCCCCUCCAGUGGAAAAAUAUAGGCCUCACAAAGGGAGUGAAUCUGAUUGAUAUCAAUAUCUCUGAUACAGAUAGCAGAUAUGGUGUGUUUUUAGUCUGCAUUUGGCAUCGUGGUGCACUACGAUAGUCCAGCUUAUCCAACUAGCAUUGGCCUAUUUUAGUUUUUGUUUAAUAACCUUUAUCUCUAGUUUGCUGGCUAUUUUCCCACAUAUUAUAACAUAUAAGCACAGCCAACACAGUGCAGCAACUGUGUACUGAGCCUCAGUUGAGUUUGCAACGCCGGAAUUGCAUUUUGUA